GCUGGGCUCUCCGAACGAAAGAGCCGCGAUCUCGGGGCUGAAGGCUCCGCUCGGGAAAAGGCCGCGGACGCGUCAGGCGCAGCCCGGGCAGCUUCGGCGACUGCCUGGAGAGGCUGCAGAGGAGAGGAAGCUAUCGUUUCAGUUGAUUAUUACAGACUGAUAAACUGCUGGGGACUCUUAUAGUAAUUGGCUGGUAAUCUCCUGCAGAGAGAGAGAAGAAUCCACAUAAAUUAUCCUUGAAUCGCUUUUCGUGUAUGAGAAUUAUUGGCCACAUUUUCAAAGACUGCAUCUAGAAUACAAUCAGACAACGUCUAUUGGGCAUAUCUUGUUUAUCAACACUAUUUGAGAGGCACACAUCUUCUGAUGUUCCAAAGUGGUGCUGUUUAUCCAGCAUAUAAAGAACGCUGCAAUGGCUGCAUCCAGAAACUUAAUGCAAAUACUCGGCUGUGGUAGAAGGAUUCCAUCAUGGGGGCUUCUGGGAAGAAGACCUUCCAGUUUCAGUCCUGCAUGGUCCCGGCGUAUAUCUUCAGGUUUCGCUGCCAGCACCUCCAUUACAGACACAGUGGAAGUUCUUGGCAAAUCUUAUCUCCCAGAUGACUAUACCAACGUCACAAAGAAGAUUCUUUCCAAGGUGGGGGAAAACUUGCACAACCAAAGGCAUCACCCUUUGUGGCUGAUGAAAGAGCGUGUGAAAGACCACUUCUACAAGCAAUAUAUUGGGCGCUUUGGGACGCCACUCUUCUCUGUGUAUGAUGAUAUGCCUCCGGUGGUCACUGUUGAGCAGAAUUUUGACAGGCUGCUCAUUCCAAAAGACCACCCUAGCAGGAAGAAAGGGGAUAACUACUAUCUGAAUCGUACCCACAUCCUAAGAGCCCACACAUCUGCCCACCAGUGGGACUUGAUGCACUCGGGACUCGAUGCCUUUCUGGUUGUGGGCGAUGUUUACCGUCGAGAUCAGAUUGAUAGCACCCACUAUCCAGUCUUCCACCAGCUGGAAGGUGUCCGGCUCUUCUCCAACCACGAGAUAUUCAGCAAUGUUGGUGGUGGAGAAAGCUUCUGCUUGUUUGAACAAGGCCACCGCACACCUCACAAGCAAGAGAUGCACACCAUGGAAGCAGCAAGGCUCGUGGAACACAGCUUGAAACUGGCGUUGACAAAACUUGUGGCUCAUCUCUUUGGUGAUGAUCUCGAGAUUAGAUGGGUGGACUGCUACUUCCCAUUUACUCACCCUUCCUUUGAAAUGGAGAUCAACUUCCAAGGAGAGUGGAUGGAAGUCUUGGGCUGUGGAGUCAUGGAGCAGCAGCUGGUGAACUCAGCUGGCGCGGAGAACAAAAUCGGCUGGGCAUUUGGCCUGGGAUUGGAGAGACUGGCCAUGAUCCUGUACGGGAUCCCUGACAUCCGUCUUUUCUGGAGCAAAGACGAGCGUUUCCUGAAACAGUUCCGCGUGCCUGACAUUAACCAAAGAAUACAAUUCAAGCCUCUCAGCAAAUAUCCUCCUGUGAUCAACGAUAUCUCUUUCUGGCUGCCCUCUGAAAAAUACUCCGAAAACGAUUUCUAUGAUUUAGUUCGAACCAUUGGUGGAGAUGUGGUGGAAAAAGUUCACCUCAUAGAUGAAUAUACACAUCCAAAGACAAAAAGGACCAGCCAUUGUUACGAGAUCACUUACCGCCACUUGGAAAAGACCUUGACUCAGAAGGAAGUAAGCUGCAUCCAUAAAUCCAUCGAGGAAUCAGCUGUACAGAAAUUAGGAGUGGAGGGAAGAUUUUGAGCUUUGAAUUCUCCAGUUUUCUUUUAUCGCUGCCCUGCCCAAACCCCCUUCUGUUUGAAAGCAGUUGCUAUCAUGUGGAAGCUUUUGACAAUGGUGGAAUUUUCAGGUAAUAAAAGGUGAACAACAUAACAGUUCCUGAAAAUAUCAGUGAGUCGCUUGUUGGGUAAUUUGUACGUUGUUAAUCAGUUCUUGUGGUCAUGUGUUAUUAAACUCCAGAACAUGUGUGCAAUUUCUGCAUUGACAGGAUGUUCCAUGCACUUGCGGUAGAACCUCGGGCCAUCUGCAGACAACUAUAGGUUGCUUGUGAAUGUGACCCAACUGUACAUUACAAGCUGGACUGCCAACAAAAUGAAGGUCUUCCCUCCCUUUUUUGCAAUGGAGAAAAGGAUGCUUAAUGGGCAUGGUGCUGAGCCCUUUUUGCAGUUUUAACUCUUAAGGCUGCAUUCCUAUGCACUACUUCCGGGAGUAAGCCCUAUUGAACCCAGUGGAUUUUACUUCAUAGUAAACAAUGCAUAAGAUAAAGUGGCAGUGGAGGAAAUCCCCUGCAAGCUAAUUAGGUUGCGGCCUGAGCCUUGCACAAACAUAUAUUUUUUUUAAAAAAAAAAGUUGGACUGUAUAGUGGUUUGCUGGGAUACAAAACAAGCCCGCGGCUUAAUUUGGUAUAUCUGGCUUUCUUUGUAAAGCUGCUGUGAAGGGAAGCAGUUGUGAAUUACCUCAGCCACAAAUUGCUUUGCAAUUGCACUACUUCAGACUCCAGCGAAUUCUACCGUAAACUAACAUUCCCAGUACAGUAACGUUAAUCUGAAAAGAGCCAGGUAUGGAGUACCACAAUCAAGACUUCUUUUAUCUCACUAGGUCAUUUAGCGGCUGCUGAAAGACACAGCGCUUGUUUUUGUGGGGUUUCUUUCUUCGCUGUCUGGUGACUCUAUCUCUCCUUGGUAUUGGCACAUUUGUCUGCCUCCUCCAUUGUUGUAUUCAAUAUUACCAAAUUGAUUUUCUUAGCAAGAGAGCCAUGGCAGACAUUUUGGCCUGCUAUGCCUGCAAUACGAAGCCAAAGCACAGGUACUUCUCUUCAUUGGUGAAUCACAGCAACAUUGGGCAGCCUGUGCCCCCCAAACUAGAAGAUCAGUGAAGAAUACCAACCCCGUUGCCACUUUUGUAGUAAGAUUCCAAAUGCCAGCCCAGUCAACUUCUUUAGAUUGAAAACGGGGCAGGGGCCGGUCUUGUCCUGGCCUCGCACAGCAAAAAUAAUAAUAUUGGGUUGGCCCAUAAGGGGGCAAGGAACCUCAGGCCAGAGAUCAAACGUGUCUCCCCAGGCCUCUUUAUCCAGCUUUCAAUGCUCUUCAUUAUUUCAUGCCACCUUCUCAGGCCACACCUUCUCUCCACAGGCUGCAGCCCACACUAGCUCUGAUCCACAAAGGCCUCAAAUGCUUUCUUGUGGCUGGAAUGUGUGUCAUGUAACUGUGAUAAUGCCUCUUGCUUGCAACAGGUGAAGGCUGGAGAGGUGUGUGAGGAUGAAGGGUUGCUGACUUUUGCAUGGCUGAAAAGAAGCCUGCUAUACAAGGUUAAGGGGCUGCAUUAUUAUUAUUAUUAGUAGUAGUAGUAGUAGUACUAUUACUAGCACUAUUAUUGAUCUUUUAUUACUCUGCCCAUCUGACUGGGUUGCCGCAGCCACUCUGGGCAGGUUCCAACAUAUAUAAAAAACAUAAUAAGACAUUACACAUUAAAAAGCUUCCCUAUACAGGGCUGCCUUCAGAUGUCUUCUAAAGGUUAAAUAGUUACUUACCUCCUUGACAUCUGAUGGGAAGGCAUUCCACAGGGUGGGUGCCACUACCACAAAGGCCCUCUUUCCCCCAAUUUUGCCUCUGACCCCCCCCCUCACCUAUUACUGGUACAUGUCCUCUAGGGUACGCAGCCAUGGACUUGCAAAGGUUCCCAACACCCAACUCUCCAUGACGGCCCCAGUCCCUGUUCCAUAUGGUAAAUGCUAAGUAUUUACCAUGUGAAUAAAUAAUGGCAGUGAUGGACCACCAACUUGGAUGGCUUUGGAAGAGGAUUGGACAGAUUCAUGGAGGGGAAGGCUCUCGAUGGCUACUAGCCAUUAUGGCUGUGAUCUGCCUCCACGGUCAGUCAGUAAUGCUUCUGAAUACCAGUCGUUGGAAGCCACAGAAGGAUAGGGUGCUCUUGUGCUCGGGUCCAGUUUCCGGGUUUCCCACAGGCACCUGGUUGGCCCCUGUGAGAACAGGAUAAUGGACUAGAUGGGCCCCUGGCCUGAUCCAGCAGGUUCUUAUGUGCAGCAGAGAGGAGGCAUCACAUUGGCGGAGAUGCUUUGAACACAGUCAUGCUUCAGCCCUCUCCCCUCCCCCCCGCCGGUCGUCUCUGUUAUGUGGAGGUGCAGUAAAUGGACCAUUGGCCUGCACUGAUGUUUCUCUCUUAAUUUGCUGAAAGAAAGAAAAAAACGCAGAGAGAACGGAUGGCUAGACGUGUUCCUUCCAACCCACACUGAAAAAAGUAACCUCUGCCUCCCUCCGUAAGUGGAGCUAGACGUGAUUUAAAGCUGCAUCAUGCGGCUUUGAUAAAUGAUAAAUAAUUAGCUGGCUCGGCUGGAACAUUUCAUUCUUAAUUAUCGUGGUUAUAUAUUAUUAAUAAAGGUGUUUACUUGUCAUCAUGCCAAGCCAUUUGUCAGGGGACAGCAGAGAAAGGCAGAAUAAUUCAGAAUUACAAUUAGCGGCCUGACAUCAAGGAACGCUGCUACUCUGAAAACACACGUGCUUAUCUAAUGAGGCAGGGUUGCUAGUGCUCCGGAGACUUGUACGUCAGUGACCACACCAGACAGAGUUUGUGCCUUCCUUAGGAUGCAGAGGAGCAUGAGAAAUCAUAAAUGUGUGGAAUCCUUGAGAGGGGGGGGGAGAAUGGCUCUUUUCUUUUAUAUUUGUAACUCUUGCAACUUCCCUCUGACAUUUUGUGCUAAGAGAUGCAUCUACAGCCCUGGCACUGCUUGCGGAUAACAGGACUUACUAACUGCUUCCCCCAUAGACUCACCCUUUCUGCAGAAAGAGUAUCUAUCUCAGCCUUUCUUCUGUUUGAGACGCAGACAGAUGGGAGCAAAGCCCUUCCUCGUAAUUUAUAACCAUCAUACGCCUCUAAUCCUUUGCUCUCAUUCUCCACAAACCUUCCAACAGGAGUUCAAAGGAUUCUGGCCUGGCUUCCUUGAUAAAAAGCAUGCUCUUGGUAAAAUCCCCUAGGUAGGCCAUUAAACUUUCCCCCUGAAAAAGUUCCCCUUGCCUCACAGGGCACGCUAAGCAAAGGUCUUGCCGUUUCGGGGGGGGGGGGGGUAGAGUUUUGAUAUUGAUUCCGGAGAAUAGUUGUUGUUGUUUUUUAAAAUCCCUACAUUCUCAGGACAAUUGAGAGUGGUUUCAAAACCCAUCUCUAGAGUUCUGGCACAGAUUUGUAGGCCUAUUCAAUUUUACUCCCCUACCCUGACUUACCACGAGCAGGAUAUAUCACGCUAAGCACCUUAUAACAUAAGACUUCAUCCUUCUUGUUCUGCCAGUAGAUCAGGGUUCUUCACCCUAAACUUCAUUAUUGUGGCUUAUCUUUCCCAAAGAAGGUCCAUGUAGGUCCUGAUAUUACUGUUCCUAAUCCUCUUUUUAAGAUGAGAUGCCCAGGUCUGCAGGGAAGCAUAGCGCGGAAAAGCACAGAAGAAGGUGAAAAUCGCAUAAUGUCUGUGUGUAUCUCAGGCGCAAUGAGACUCAUGUACACAAAAUCUUGUUGAAGGUGGCCUUCAAUGACCCAAGGUGUCAGACUUGGCAAGAUCACUCUAACAGCUUGUGUGUCUGCAGUGUUUCCCACCCCAGUUCCAUAUAUAUGUAAAAGCAUUCACACAGCCAUUUCUUCGAGGUGGAAGAGCCACCGCCAAAAGCAUGGAGCAAUUCAUAUUUGCAAAGUCACAUGAUAGCAUGUUAAAGAGCUGGUGUGGUGUAGUGCUGGGUGAGAGACUUUGGGAGCCCCUGGUUCAAAUAGGUAAAAGGUACGGUAAGGGACCCUUGGACGAUUAAGUCCAGUCAAAGGCGACUAUGGGGUUGUGGUGCUCAUCUCACUUUCAGGCCGAGGGAGCUGACGUUUGUCCACAGAUUUCCAGUCAUGACUGUGCAGCAGAACACUGUGACGGAAGCCAGAGAGCACAGAAACGCCGUUUACCUUCCCCCCGCAGCAGUACCUAUUUAUCUAUUUGGCGUGCUUUCGAACUGCUAGGUUGGCAGGAGCUGGGACAGAGCAAUGGGAGUUCACGCCACCGCAGGGAUUCAAACCGCCGACCUUCUGAUCAGCAAGCCCAAGAGGCUCUGUGGUUUAGACCACAGCGCCACCCGCGUCCCAUGUUCAAAUGCUCAGCCAAGAACUCAUCCUCAGGCAAGCCAACAUCUCUCAGGCUGAAUUCCACCACCAAUACAAUAUGGGAGAAAUUAUGGUGGCCUAUAAUACAGAGUAUGUGGAAAGAUGCUUGGAUGUAGUUUUCCUGCUGUGUGAAAAGACCAAAGGUGAGGAUGCUAUUGCAGGACCUCACAGUGCAUUAACAUCCUCCUACAGAGCCUCCCCCCCCUCCCCGCAACAUGGCCAUGUGAGUCAGCAUUUAAAAGACUGAGCAGGGGGAAAUAGCAAGGGAACUAAUUCUCCGACAUGAUCUGGUGAAAAGAACCUCACUUUAUAUAAGGUAGGAAAUCAGGCUGACGGUUUCUCUGCUUUCUGCUGAGAAAUGUUCAGCCUUACAAUGUCGCUUUGACGAAGGGAGAAUUACCUGGCUUGCCAAAAGAGAUUAAAUACUUCAUGAUGUUUCCUGCUGUCCGAGGCUCAGGACUCCUGCGAACAUUCCCUUUUGAAAAACGGCAAUUUUGCCCGAAGAACCUCCUUUCUGAGCUCUGGUGCUUUCCCUUCCUAGCUUAAAAGUCUUCGUGACAUCUGUUUUUAGAAUACUUUGGGACACCCACUGGCAGUGGGAGGAAAGGUGCACACAGACACACGCAUUUCGUGGAACAAAAGAGACAGUUUUAUAAAAGAAACCCUUAUAGCUAGAAAUUCCUGAACACUGUACUUUAAAGUGUUUCCCAAAAGAGUAGGGUUUUUUUGUCAACAGGACAAAGGAGCCAGUUAUAUUUAUGUACCCAGUGCAUGCCCUACCCAACUAUCAUAAAUGUACAUAAAUAUGUUUCUUGGUACAAAUGAUUAUUCAAAAGUUUGCAGCAGGGAUUGGGGGGUGGGUGGGGGGUGGCAUGCAGACCUAUAGAUGAUGUUGAGCUACACUGGCCAGGCUGGCUGAGGAUGUUGGAAGUUGAGAAUCCAACAAUAUCUGGGGGGCCAUACGUUCCUUAUUCCCAAUGUAUACACUUUUGGAAACAAACAGAAAGCCUUGUGUACUCCAGAUGCAAAUUGCAGAGUGUACUUGUUAGAAGUGCAACAGCAGGGAUCAUUCAGUUCAUAACUUAAGGGUUAAUUCUGCUAGUGUUAAAGUCAGUUAGCCAAAGGGGGGAUGGGUGGAGGUGUUGCUUAGCAACCUGGUGGAGUGGCAUGAUCUACCCUGAGGUAGCAUGGGCUCUGAUUGGCUGUGUAGUUCUGAGGGAGCUUUCCUCUAUAUGUUUAGUUGAAUGUCUCCGUGCUGUGUACACAAGGCCUGAACUCAGAAAGACAAACUAUCUCUGUUUAUUUCUCCUCAGAUUAUACACUGCUUUGUUCAGUUCCCUCAAUGACGUGUUAUCAGGGCUUUGACCUUCAGCUGUGUUGUUUUUCUUUUAAUUAUAUAUUUUAUUAAAGAUUUCUUAGUUUGCAAAAAUACGUGCAUUGU